AUGGGUAUGCAGGUGGAGGCGCUGACGGAUGAGCUAUUCCUAUUUCGAUUCCCCCAUUCAAAGGAUUUGCAGAUGAUUAUUGACGAUGACCCUUGGUCGUUUGAGAAUCACACAUUGGUGUGCGAGCGUGUUCUUUCGGAAUCGAGACCCGAGGAUGUUGAAUUGGAAUCCGUGGCAUUCUGGGUGCAAAUCCAUGGGUUACCGGCGAUGUAUGCAUCAUCGGAGUUCCUGAAUCGUAUUGGCGAUUAUUUAGGCUCAUUUGUUGCGAUCGACCCCAACAAUUUUGGUGGAUCGUGGAAAGGUUUCUAUCGAAUCAGGGCAAGGAUGCUGGUGGGAGUACCACUGAAGAGACGUAUGAAACUCGUGCGUAAAGACGGCUCCACACAGUGGAUCAAUUUUUGUUACGAAAGACUAAAUGCGUUUUGUUUCUGCUGCGGAGUUUUGGGUGACAUCGAUAAAUUUUGCAGGAAUGCGUACGAAGAUGGUAUUCCGCCUGAGUCGUUCCCGUUCGACAGUUGGAUGCGCGCCGAAACGAGAAGGCAAGCUAAGCCAGUUGGUGCAAAAUGGUUACUGCUGAAGGAUGCCCCGCUAAAUACGACACCUUCUACUCCAGGGCCUUCGCCGCUGGCGCUGGUGUCGGUUCAAGAGAGCACAGGUUUACAUGGGGAGUUGAAGAGACGUAGGGAAUCAGCUGAAGUGCAUAAUGGUGUGACUGGGGAGGAUGUGUUGAUGUCUAAGAGUUCAAAAAAUUUGCUAUCGGCGGGUCUGAAGUGUCCUCAGUUGGAACUGCCGGGGUUUGGGUGGCACCCGGACAGUUCGAGAGUUAUUGGACAUAGUGUCUAA